AUGCUUCGCUUGGUUGGUCCACACCCCACUCCAGCGGAGCUCCUAGCAGCAAUCUCCAGGGCGCGUGCCAGCAGGGCAGCGAGGGCCAGCAGUGCAGCCCAGGACAGCCGCCACGUGGCAGAGCUGAUCUCCAAGGUGCUGUCGUCAGCAGACGCUGUGAGCCUGGUGUUCCUCGCCAUGCCGGAAGGACUUUCCAAAGGCAACCUGCUGGGAAUCGACUCGGCGACUGUGAAGUUGUUCUACGAUGGAGUGGCGAAUCUGGGUGACGAGGUGGCAGCAGCAGUGGUGCGAACGAGCGACCGGCUGCUCACAGAGCUCGCCCAAGCCAUGCCCUCCGCUCCCUCCUCCACUCUCUCUGCACUCAUUUCAGCGCCCACUCAAGUUUCAACCCUCUCCUUUCCCCCCUCACCACAGGGUGACGAGGUGGUAGCAGCAGUGGUGCGAGCCAGUGACCGGCUGCUGACAGAGCUCGCCCAAGCCAUGCCCUCUGCGCCUUCCUCUACUCUCGGCCACCACCUCCCCACCCACCCGCGACCCUCCCGUCCUCCUGCCCUUGUCUCUCUCCCUGCACCUGCCACUGCUACCACCGCUGCGACUUCUGCCACGGCUGGGAUCCUUUCCUCAUGGAGCCCGCGAACCAUCCACUGUGCCGCCGCUUGUUUCUCAACAGACCUCUUGAACUAUGUGUGCUUGUGCUUCUCCUGCCCCUCUGCCCCUCCCGACCCUCCUGACCCUCCUGCCCCUCCUCCCGCACACAUCAUCUCCCCAGAUCCCUUUCCUCAUGGAGCCCGAGAACCAUCCGCUGUACCGCCGUCUGUGCAAGCUCCUAGCCCUUUCCUAAUGGAGCCCAAGAACCAUUCCGCUGUACCGCCGUCUGUGCAAGCUCCUGUUGAAUCUGUGUUGCUUGUGCUUCUCCUGCCCCUCCUGCCCCUCAUCUGUCUCCUCCCUCUCCCCCAGAGCCCUUUCCUAAUGGAGCCCGAGAACCAUCCGCUGUACCGCCGCCUGUGCAAGCUGCUGCUGGACCUGCCGCCACUGCCCCGCCAGCAGCUCAUCUGCACCCUCGCCAGGCGAGUAUUCGUCCCGUGCAUGGCGGCGCUGGUGCUGAUGCAUCAUCACUCUCGCCAGGCAAGUGUAUGCAUCCCUUUCCCCACUCACGAGGCGACCUUUGAGGCACCUCAGAAGUCGCCGCCUGUGCAAGCUGCUGCUGGACCCCCAACUAUAUUCGUGCAAGUGAUUGCGUCCCUCCCUUGCAUGGCGUUGCACUGUUGCACCCUCGCCAGGCAAGUUUCCGUCCCUCCCUUGCGCCCCUCCCCAGGCGAGUAUCUGUCCCUUUGCAUGGCGUUGCACUAUUGCACUGUCGCAAGCACCAAUCCUGCUACCCUUGCUCCCUCCUCCCACGAGCAUCCGCUGCAGUCUGUUAGCUACGAGUGCGGGCAUCUGCAGCAGGUGGUGGAGACGGCACUGCAUGUGAUCACCAUUCAGCUGUACGAGUGCGAGCACAGCACACUCCAACAGCCCAUAGACAGGAACACAAACACCAAUCCCAGUGUCCCUGCUCCUUAUUCUCCUCUCCCCCCCACGAGCAGCUACGAUGCGAGCGCACCUACAGCAGAUGUGGAGACGGCACAGCAUGUGAUCACCAUCCAGCUCUACGAGGGCCCACCGCCUCGUUGA